UUUGCGCACUUUAAGCAUAAGGUGGAGGGCAUUAACGUGGUUCACCAGAAUAUUAAUAAAAAAGGGAACACGUCAAUGAAAAGGGGGAAGGACUUUCUUGUUUUCUGGAGAAUGAUUAGGUACAAGCAACGGAGGCUCUGUAAGGCAAACGCUACAUGCUUUGUGGAUGACCAAAUGAUCCAUCUUCACGACAUAUACAUAGGAAGGAGGACGUAUGAGGAGCUGAAUUAUGACAGUGUUUGGCCGAAAAACCAUUAGGGCAAUAUUUGGAAGGGCAUUUAAAUCUGAUCUUCUUCGUUUGAUUUUCUCCAUUUACCAAUAACAAAACAGCUGGCAUGAACCAAGCCCAAUUAUGGUCCUUUCCUAAUAACUGACUUUUGCUGGAGGAACAUAACAAAAAUCCCACAUUUUCCUCUUCUGUUAUGCCAAAUUCACCCCCACAGCUCUGAGAAAAUUUUCGUAUCUUCUUCUCAAAGAAAAAGACUACAAAAUGGCUCGUUCCUCUGGUGAUUGUUCGUCAUCCUGUUGAUUCCAGAGGGGUCCUUCAAAUUGCUGUGUGUGUUACAAAAUUUGAAGGACCCUUGGCCUUCCACAUUCCUUACUGGCCUCCUUCAGAGGCCUGGUUUCAUGGUAUUUCUUUUCACAGGACGCUUGAUUUGAAAGAAGAGAGUUUCUUGAUCUGCGUUCAGACAUGAGUUGCUUCCCCUGUUUCUCGUCACAUGUUGAACUGAUUAAGAAGGAGCACUUGACUCCAAUCGAAGGUCACAACGCAUCACACGCACCAGGAGCUAAGAAGCAGAAACUACUUGAUGAAUCCCAAAACAAGCCAAACAAAGUGGACCAUGAAAAAAUCAAAGCGCAACAUUUCACUUUUCGUGAGCUUGCAUCUGCUACAAAAAAUUUUCGACCAGAGUAUCUGUUGGGAGAAGGCGGAUUCAGUAGGGUAUACAAGGGCACUCUUCAAGAUAGUGGUCAGGAGGUGGCUAUAAAGCAGCUUGACAGAAAUGGAUUACAUGAAAACAAGGAGUUUCUUGAUGAAGUUACGACGUUGAGUCUUGUACGCCAUGACAAUUUGGUCAACCUCCUCGGUUAUUGCGCUGAUGGUGAUCAGAGGCUCCUGGUAUAUGAAUACAUGCCUGGGGGGACUAUGGAAGAUCAUCUGCUUGGUACCAAAAUUUUCCAUCCGAACACAAAAGCGAACAAAAAAGAUAUUGGGCCAAAUGAGGAACCUUUGGACUGGUUCAUGAGGAUGAAGAUUGCGUAUGGCGCAGCAAAAGGUCUCGAGCAUUUGCAUGGUAGCUGCAAUCCCCCUAUUAUACAUGGUUAUCUUAAGUCCACAAACAUCUUGUUGGACAAAGAAUUUAAGCCAAAGCUGUCUGAUUUUGGACUGGCGAAGCUGGGAUCUGCUGGUAAUAAAAUGCAUGUGUCAUCAAGGGUGAUGAGGACUUAUGGCUAUUGUGCUCCAGAAUACACAACAACAGGACAGUUAACACCAAAAUCUGACGUGUACAGUUUUGGAGUAAUUUUACUGGAGCUCAUCAGUGGACGGAGAGUAAUUGACACCACGAAACCCAGUGAGGAGCAAAAUUUAGUUGCUUGGGCAUCUCCGAAGUUCCGAGAUCCUAAACUGUUCCCAAAAAUGGCAGAUCCACUGCUCCGGGGGAAAUUUCUUGAGAAAGACUUAAAUCAAGCUGUUGCUAUUGCUGCAAUGUGUCUGCAAGAGGAAGCAUCAAUGAGACCGCUGAUGAGUGAUAUCGAGACUGCUCUCAGUUUUCUUUCAGGGGCAUCAGACGAGAGACCAUGCUCAUCUCUUGUGGAUCCUGAGCUUCAUUCCCCCAAGGAAAUUGAUGGUCAAACAGAACAUAAUGACGACAGUGACAGCAGAUAAGAUUAAUUCAGAGAACAUUACGAUCUGGAGGACAUAGAUAAGUCAUGUUGAGAUCAGUUUUCUUGGUGAGAAGAGGGCAGCAAAUCGUUGUGGAAGCCAAAUGAUCAAAGUCUCAUUCAAGUAACCCCAGCGCCAUGUCAUUGGCCAAAGAAGCCUUCUUAGAGAAAAUGAAAGAAGCAGGACACAGAUGAAACGGAAAUGUCUCGUAAAUGACAGGAUCAGGUGCCACUCUCAUCAUGGAAAUAUUUUUUAGUCGUGAAACCAGCGUGAGAUUGAAUGGAAGCAGCUUAGGGAUCCCGCAAAAGUUGCUAGGUAGAUGUAAUGGAGGUCAUAACUUGACUAUCAUACGAAGUUGAAGGUGAGAUUACAGAGGGUGAAGAGUUCCUUUAGGCAACAGAGGCAACCAAGAUUAAUAGAAAUAGGAGUGUCUUCUAGGAAAUAGAGCAGAGAGCAGCUGGCAUUGAGGGAUGACAUCGGCUUUGUUUUUUGGUUUUCACCACUACAUAUUACAUCCUGUGAUUACGCCAAAAUAUAAUCUAGGACUUGUUUGAGUCAGGCGCCUCUAAUUGCUUACAGAUUGGAGUGUUUAAUCAUGAAUUGCCAUUGGUCUCAUUAGUUUUAACAUGCGCUCAUAUUUGAUGUUUCUUUA